AUUUAGAAGACGCUGAGCUUCUGGGAGUGUUUAGUUGCAAGAUAAGAUCAGCGAUGUAUCGUUCAGGCGUUCCUUAUUAUAGUAGAUCUGCGGGUUAUUCCACAGCAGGUACAAGGCGAUCAGCAGAUGAUUACACCAGAGGCACUGAACCUUUGUCAUCUUUGGUUUAUUCAUCUUUAAAUAGCUCACGCUAUGCUUCUCAGCCAAUCUCAACAACUUUAAGUUCAACCUGUCCAAGUGCCAGCUCAUCGGCUAGCGGCGUUAUUAGUUCUGUAGCUAGCGUUCCUGAAACAUCAUCAACUCAAGGGGGCGCCUCAUCAAGGUAAUUCGGUGUGAGUCAUAAAUUUAGAAGAACUUUGCAACUUCCCGUUGGAUCGAUAAUUUUGUCCGAACUAGCCGCUUUAAUGUUGUGAGAGACAACACGCUAUGCUCUGAUAAACUUUUUACAUUUUCGUUAAUUAAGCAUCCAACUAAUUAAGAGUCAGUGGCCCAGAAAGUAAAAUUUUACAAACUCUCAGUUUCCCUUUUCCCAUUUUUCUAACUUCUCCCUUUUUGGUUAUUCAUUCAUUUGCAUAUAUAAUUAUGUACAGUGUACAACCGAAAUAAUGGCACCUUCAAAUUCGUCGAAUCUUAACCGAACUAUUGCCAUUAAUAAGGCUUAAAGAUGUAUUAUCAUGGCAGACCGCAAAAUUGUACAAGCGAUUCCCUUUCUCUUCUCCCCUUUCUUUCAUUUAACGUUUUGUUAUUCAUCCUUGAGGAGAGAAAGUCUUUUAAUUAGUUUUCAUUUCUUCAAACAAUUCAUCAGUUAUAGUACAUUUUGCGUCAGUUUGUAGCCAAAUCUAGCCGGAACAGAGUCACUAAAAUUUUAGGAUCUGCUCUGAUUUUUUUAAGAUUGACUACCUUUUUUGCGGCUCGAUUGUCUAUUAAGUUAAGAUUAUCUCAAACUGAUUUUGCCCAAUAUCGUGUGCCACGAAACUUUUGCGGGCCUUUAUUUUCAUUUGCGGAUUGGCAAGUUUUUGUAUUUUGCGGGAACUAAUUUUUGCGAUUAGGACAGAUUGGUUUUUCUUGCUGGGAAUUAAUUUUUGCAUUUUUCAGGAAGUCCCGGACAAAUCAUUGAUAACAUUGUCGUUUUUAUUGAGUACGUGCAAAGAAAACACAUACAAACAAUACCACGGUGGGCGUGACCCGGCAAAAACCAAUGAUGGUUUUGCUCAUGCAUCAUUUUAAUCAUUUUAUUUCUGAACGAAAGAGACAAGUUGUAAUUGAACAGAUACAAUUGCUUAGUACUGCAGUUUUGUGUAGCGAGAUUAAGGUAGAGAAUAUUCACUCUGGAGUAAAUUUUUGCGGGAAAAAUGUUUGUGGUAACUUAUUUUCAGACCGGAUCGCUGGAAAAAUCGCAAAAAUCCCAAACAUUAGAACCCGCAAUAAUUUCGUGCCACACAGUUUAUAUAUAUAUUCUAAUAAUAAAUGCUCAAAAGCCUAAAAUCGAUCAAGACAACACAAUAUACUUACCCUUAUGUAUAUUAAAUUUAUAUCUGGCACAGGUGUAAAGCAAUAAACGGCUAAAAAUAUAUUAUCCGAAAAUAGAUUACUAUUUAUGAAUAUUAUAUAGUCGUAAAACAGUAGAUGAUUUGCUUAAAGAAAACUAUAUCCUCGUUUUAAAAGAUGGUGUGAGUUAUGGCAGAGUACAGUAUUCUGAUUGUACAGUAUAUGCCAUAUAAGGAUUAAACGAUUCUACAGAGAAUAAGUUGGCAUUAAAUUAUAAAGAAUUGCUUUUUCCUUAGGAAAAAAAAAAGAAAAAUAGAAUGUUAAAUAUAAGUCUGAGUUUUCAAGUGCUACCCGAGGGCCUUCAAAGGAGGUCAUUUGAAUUCGCUCAAAUUGAUAUUGUUUUUCUAUCCUGCCACUUGCCACUAGGAUGAACUGGUUAUGUAAGGAUUUUCAAACUGUUCCCAUGUGGUUCUCAAAAUUUAUUCCUCUUCGGUUUGAAAUGAAGUCCUGGAACCUAUUUCCACUACAGCAAGUCGAAAGAGCCUCCUGUCUCGGAGGUUUAAUUCCUUCGUUGAUCAAAAUUUCAGUGCAAGUAUUUUUAUUUUAGCAUCACCGAAUUCAAUAAUCAAAGGGUAGAAAAAUCAGUCCGUUUGACGUUAACGAUUUUUUCUAACAAAGAGUUCUAUGUUUUGUAAAAAUAUCAAACUAGCAAUUUUGGCCCUAGUCGAAACUACAAAGGAUACUCUUUUUGAAACACUACCAUUCGGGUGAAUUUAUUUUUCAUAACUGUAGUUCGCGUGACACGAUGCAGUGCAAUAUAAGCGUCAUAAUUAGCAUCGAAAUUUAUUAAUUUAUUCAUAGGGCGUAUCUCUUGAGAUCAGGGCGGGAGUAUGAUUACAGUGAGCCAAAGAAUGAAUCUACAGGACCAGCGGCUGCCUUGUCAAAUGUGUCGCCAUAUUCUCCCAGUUAUACUGCCCAACCAUCACCGGCCACCGACAACACAACAAGGCCAAGUAACAACACUACAACAAGCACUACAACAAGAACUUCAACAAGUUAUCAAAGUCCAAGGUACGUACGGGCAUAAUUAUGUACCAUAAAUAUUAAGCAGUUGAAAAGGCUAGAAAAGUGAUUUUCAGUCAGUUGCACAUGCGGCUUAAAAGAAAAAUUACUCGCAACAGGAGUCGAACCUUUGACCUUUUGGUUCUCGUUCAGAUCGAUGCUCUACCACUGGGACACAGAAGACUCGUGGAAGCUAACAGCACUAAUUAAAACUAGGUUCAUGAACAAAACCGUCCUGCAGACUGCUAGAGCAGGAAUGUCGAUCUGCGCUUUUGCGAAAUGAUACAAACUUAAUAUAAAUGGACAAUUUUAAGCCUGGUGAAUAUAUAUGAGAAAAAUAAUUUUUCAGUCAGUGACACUACUGAUAGUCUGUUCCAGGCUUUCAGAUAGUAGAGCCCGGGCGAAAAAUUGAAAGGAAAAAAAAUCCCGUGUACAAUUGAACUCACUCCCCACCAUCUGAACGCCUAGAACAGUCUAUUUUGGAAGAAAAAUCCGAGUAUUCCCGACAGGACUCGAACCUAUGAGUUUUUGGUUUCCAGAUGCUCCGUCAUUUAAGAGAGGUUAAGCAUCACGUGUACGCCUUAACAGCAAACGCGAAUUCGCGAACACGUUUUCCCUUUACUUGUGGUUUACUGUUCAUUAUUUAAACACAUAAAAUAGUAGUUUCACGCAAUUGUAUUUAGCUGAUUUUAUCUGCUCAUUUUCUAUUUUGAGAAAUCCUCAACUUGAAUCUGAUGUUUGCCGUUUGCCGUAUACGUGAUGCUUAAACUGUCUACUAAGCUUCACUAGAUCAGACUAGUAAGAUUGAGGUGAGGCCGCUAAGCUAGUUUCACAGUGUGACAAACAUCCUAGGACUGGAAUGUCGAUACGUGCUUAUGUGCAAUGAUAGAAACGUGAUGGUAAAUUUAAGCCUGGUGAAUACACGAGAUUUGAGUUAUAUAGCUUGCUGGGAAACACUCAUGGCCGCUUAAACUUUUAUGGUUUUACUUGAGAAUACUACAGGUCAACUUUUGCAUAAAAACAUAUGAUUCUGCUCUAGCAGUGUCAAUUAGAAAUUUUAGCAAGAGGGAAUGAUCUUGAUUUUAGUCAUUCAAUACAUUGGACAAAGCAUCUGCAGGAUACCAGAAUUACCAGAUAGCUACUGAAAAACACAUAGAGCUUGCAAAUUGAAUGUCAUUCUAGCCAAAGUAUAUGGUUAAAAGCGUCAUAUUAUAUCUCAUGCGGCUGUGGGUUAAAAUAUAGAUUUUAUAUAACUGAUCAUGAUCAUUAACUGUCAGAGUGCAAUUUGUUUUUGCGGUAUUUCAGGACUUCGUCAUAUACUUUGUCAGGACGGCCAUUUGAAUAUACCAGGUCUACGGAGCCCUCAAGAGCCAGCUCAUAUUCAUCACGAACGUUUCCGAGUUCCGAAAGGUAUUCUUCUGUUGGUUUUCGCACUGUAGCCUCCAGUUCAGGCAGUGUUCCGAGGUAACUUUGAUUCUAACAAUAUAUUAGAGCCUGUUCAUAUUAGCCCUAGGAAACUUAGUCUCGAUUAUUAGACGCUGAUCGUGAAAUGAGCCCGCGAUUCUCCGCGUUUUUUUCUCGGGAAGGACUAGGCUAGGAUAUUUUUUGAGAUAUUUAGAAAAUUUAAAAAUUUUUAGAAAAUUUGGGGAUAUUUAGAAAAAUUUAAAGCUUUUUUUGGCUGUUUUCCAGCUUUUCCUCGCUAUUUUCUUGACAGAAAAGUUCAGCGGUUUCCCACUUGAAUAAUGUAUUCCAUAUCACUAGAGUGUACGCCAAUUUACGGUCACGUGGUUCAAAGUCGGUAAAGGAUGUUUCCUCCUUUUGUUAAGUUUUCAGUCUCAGGGGUUUCCUCAGGUUGCAUUUUAUUCUCUUAAAGUAGAGCGGAUAUGUGUAUUAAUAAGAAGGAUUGUUACUCUGUCUUAGUCAUAGUCGCUAUGUACAUGAGAGACACACCAACUCAGGUUUAACCUGUUAGUGAGAAAACAUUAAACUUUGCAUCCAUGUUGUUUCGGCUUAUUUUUAAAACAAAAGUACGAUAUAUAUAUUGAUAUAUUUAGAGGAUUUUUCGAGAUAUUUAGAAAAUCUUUUGGGAUAUUUAGACAUUUUUUUGAGAAUUUCCGGAAAGAUAUUUAGGCGAUUUUACGUGAUAUUUGCUUAGUUUCCUAGUUUUUUUUCACAACUCAGCUUCCCUUUGUUAAAAUGUUUAAUGAUGGUGCUAAUAUGUAUUAAAAAGCGGGCUAAUGGGCCCAGCUUGGCCCCUUUUGGAUUUCUCGCCGCCAUUGGUCCCAAAAGAAAAAGUUCGCUCAUUACCAUAAAAUAAAUUAUUGACCAGUGAAGCUCAUUCAGUCAGAUACCUGGAUAUAUUUUCUUUUAUUUUUUGCUUUUUUAUUUACCCUUUUCUUCGUCUCGGUUGAUAGCUUCGGAAAAAACGAACUUGGCUAACAUCUAGAGAUCUUAAUCCUCGGACGUACCCGCAAAUUCAUACUCCCGCCGUAAUACAAGGGGGGAGGGUAUUAGAACCCCUACCCCGAGUUUUUGAUAUGUUGCAGUAUUUUGAGACGAUUUUGCCUUCAGUGGAAAGCCUUUGAUCUUUUCAAAAGGAUGAGGUAAAUUUUAUGGAGGGUGCUGCUGAAGGUCUGUGACGUCACCAAAAAAUGGUCGCCAUCUUGGAUUUUACCAAGAAUUAGAAAUCAGGUUAAAACCGCGAUAUGUGCUUGACAUGUAAAAUAACACAUAAAUAAGCACUUUGCAUCAUUUCAUCUAAAAGCUUUCCUUUUAUUGUUGAAAGAAGUUGAAAAACUUGCAUUUUUACUCAAAAAUGGCUUGACCACCUGCUACUUAUGAUGUCAUAUCUCGUAACCAUAUCAACUGACCAUCAUUAAACGUGUUUCAAAAUGCACGCGAGGGAUUAACGAACAGCUAACGAAAACGUAAGGUGCUGAUGUUUUAUCGCCUAGGAAAAUAAACUCAAUUAAAAACCUCCAGAGGGGGGUGGCAAGAACGAGAAACCCCCCCUCCCACCCUAAGUCCGAGGGUUAACGUAAGAAGUCCGAGGGUUAACCUAACAAGCUUGAUCAAUAAUACAUUACUGUAUAUACGAAUCAGUAACCGGGCUGAAAUCUCGUAUAGCCGGUAACCAUGUGGGGAUUCAGAUUGGUCCCGCUAACCCGACCGGCUCAUAUGAAGACCCCCUUAGAAAACAAGUGAAGAGAAAAUAAUUUGCUUUAAAUGAAAAGGGCGAAAACGUCGUGUUAAAUUUUUUCCCGUAAAAUCAUAAUAGCCCAUUCAAAUUUAAUCUGGUCAGAAUAAUUAGUCCCUUCGCCUUAUUUAUAAAUAAUUUUUAUUUAAAAAAAUCUUAUUUUUAUAUGGUUUAGAUGGAUUUUUAGUGCAAUGGAAUAGAAAGCAACGGCGUGGUUUUAUUUCUUUACUACUCAGUGUUUUGGUGACAUAUGCCUAAUAAGAAAUUGGCAAAAAACAGUCAAAAUUCUUUAAGGUAAUUACGACCUUGCCAUGUUUGUUCAAUAUUUUUGCUAUUUGCAUGAUCUACACAUGAGAUAAGGCUUGACCAAGUGGUCCUUGCGCGGUACUGCAUUGUAAUUAGAAUGAUACCUUUUUUCGACUAUGAGAACAUUUACCAUUUUUCCUUUCUGGUCUUGAUCAUAUGGCCAAGCUUUUAACGUCCUUAUAGUCUCUCCCAAUUGCUAUCUGUAAGUCUCGAGCACGUAAAACACUGUGCAAAUGCAAACUUAAAGAAAGAAAUUAAAAAUCUUUUUUCCAGAAGCUUUACUUAAUUUCUUCACUCAUUUCUAAAUCAGCUAAGAGUGAGAAGAAGAUUUAGCAGAUUAAUACUCUGUAAUUAUAUAAACCACGCUUUAAGAAAACAGCUGUUGAAUUUCUUUAAUCUCACUUUGUAACCCUCAAAGCUAACUACACGUAAACCAAUCAGAAUUCACAACAACGGCGUCUAACUGGUUGUGGUAUUGAACACAGUCGAAAGCUGCUUGCUUCUGCUUGUUUGACAACAGGAGUUUGGAUUUGCUAACAUUAUAAUUAGAAGUAAUAAAGCUUUUGUUACACGGUGACCGGGUUAUAUGAUAUUCAAAGAGAUUUUUCUAACAAGCCACCAGUAGGAGAAACACUUGAGGUAGCUUAAAGAUGUCGAAAUCACAUCGAAAAAAUGUCUAUUUUCGAAAGUCAUUUGAACGCUGGCACUCGAGAGAAAAGAUAGAUGUUUUAACUAAAAAGCAUAAUUUAAGCAUAAGUGAGACUAUUUUUAAGAAGGAUGGAUGCGAGAAUGAAACUCCAAUUCACAAGUCACAGAUUGGAUUGGUGUACUUGAAACCAGUAGUGGGGUAUUCAGUGACCCUGUAUUUUCAACCCCAGGAGAAAUUCAACGACUGGAUUUGCGGUGGUAGCGGUUUUAACUCGUCUAAAGACGCUAGGUAUAUUCAAUUUCUUUUUUCUUUUUACGCUUUUCUUUCCGCGGUUUAUUGCUUCGUUGCAGAGAUAAGCUUUUCGGUUACCAAUAGACUAUUGUCUACUAUUGAUAUUUCAUACUGUAAGUAAAUUCCAAAGCAUUACUGAUAAACACGCGAACCACAGGUGAAUAAAUAUUUUUUGCUAAAAUAUUUGGUUUGGAGUGGAAGUUCACUCGUGGGGAAAAAACACAAUAGCCCGAUUUCUUGGCUUGUGAACAUCGCUUUGGGUAUACGCCUCGAUAAUCAGACAGCGAAAGAAAUGUUCAAUAUAAUUGACGAAUCAAUUCAAGUCAACUUGACGAAAUUUAAUUUGGAUAAACGCAACAUAAAUUCAACUAAAGAAUUUCCCAAAGCUUAAACAAUUAGGCUGAAAAUUAUAUUUGUCCUUAAAACUGCAUGCCUACCACAGAAUUAUUUAUUUCUCGCAGCCAAUUAUCUCACUGCACCCCAUUACAGGUAGCUUUGACCGCUGAAUGUCAUCCCUUGUCUUGUCUAGCGUGCAACAACGAGAAUGCAGUGGAUUGAAUUUUUCUCCUUGGUGCCUCAAGGAGCGGAACUACAGAAUGGUGUCGUAUAAAAAAUUUUUAGCGAGAGCGCUGUAGCUUUAUCUUGAAAAAAAAAAAAGAAUUUGCGAACUUAAAUGUUUGAGAACAGGCCAACAGUGUCAAAAACUGUCUUGAAACAGCUGGGAAGAGUAUCAAAAUAAAUAGAUACCUCCUGCUAAGUAACCAGUCUUAAAACUAUCGCAUAAACAUACCACUAUUUUGAAAGACCAGUGGAGAAAGCUAACUUCAAUUCAAAGUCUAAGUCAAACCAAAACUUUCAUUCCAACUACUGCCGCUGCUAAAAUGACAACUUUUGCGGUUGUUCAAUACGAAAGCGUGCGACGAGGGACCCUAAACUCGGGAGUUUUGAAAGCAAUUCGAGUUAAAGAUGAUGUUUCCGAAGACGAACUUGAAAAGGGUGCAGAUAUCAGGAAGCGUAAUCGACGCUCGCGUAAAAAUGACGUUCUUGAUAUUCAUAGUAGAGACUACCGUAGCUCAUUGUACAAGUCGCAGAUCGGGUUAAUCUACCUCAAACCCAUUGUUGGUUACUCUACGUCAGUAUAUUUCCACGCAAAGACAGAGUUUAAUGAAGGAAAUCGAAUUGAGGAUCAUGAUAGCAGGUAUGCGCGACAUCUAUGGACUUAGUUUAAGGUAAACGUUAGUCAAAUCUUGAUUCAGGUUAACUGUAGAUUUGGUUUAAAUUAUCAGGUUUGUGGUUGACAGUUUUAUAAAACUUAGCUCGUCUCGCGCGCGUUGGCCUUCGCUGCCAUUUCUCACGACGAAUGGAAUGUGCCGAUUUCUCAGUUAAUCUGUCAGUAAUCAAAAGUGUUUCAUACCAGAUCUGAAGCUGAGAGAGCAAGAUACCGUAUGCUAGGCUGCGAUGAAGUUGGAGGCCGUAGAAAUGUUGCUUCGGAUAAAGACUUCAUGGAUAAAAAUAAGGCGCUUCGGAAGUCUGACCAACAAAAGUCUGGUAAGAGAGUGUUUUCCAGCUUUUCGCCACGUUAUCAGGUGUUUUGCUUUUUAUUGUAAAUUGCAAUAUUGCGUAAUGUAGGCUUUAUAUCUUUUGUUGUAAAUGAAUUUUUCCCUUUUACCUAUGUAUAAUUUUAUUUAUUUGCUUUUCCUCGGCUUAUUAGCUCAUUUAAUUAUUGCUAGUGGUCUAACCAACCUCAUCAAUCCCGAGAUUAAAUAAAGCUUCAUUCAUUCAAUCGUCAUUUAAAUCUGAUCAUCGAUAUGCUGUCAAGUUAGUUUUAAUUUCUCUGUCGGUGGAAUGAUAUCAGCUUUUCGAUUCUGGUUAAGUUCAUGAUUACUUCUUUGUUUACCAUCUACGUUAACGUUCAAACGGACCAUGGUAGGAUCGAUUUAAAUCUGUCUUUUAUAACUAAAAGAUGAACACAGAUUGAAAAGGGAGCUUUGUUUCUUACGUUCUAAAACUAUUACGUUAACAUCCUAAAAAGUAUUUAAGAGUUUUUCUGCAGUAAGGCGGGAUGAGUACAUAGCCGGAGGCUUUAAAAGGUUAUGCACAGGUUAUGCCUGCAGAGCCGGGCAAUGGGAUAGACUCUAAAGCCUGGUUCAGUCACUAGCGCAUUAAAGCAUAAGAAUAAGGACAUACGCACGCGCAGAAUGGCAUAUUUGACUCAGUUCUCGAUACCAGCUCUCCCCAACCCGAUGAUAAAAACGAUGGCGGACGAAGUGUCCGCCAUAUUGCUUUUGAUAUGCUCGCAUGAGGUAUGGGUCAAGGUGACCUAUGAUUCGACAAAAGCAUAAGCACACGAGAAGGAGGAACUUGUCCUUUUUUCCUGUGCUUACUGCUUAUACAUAUGUCGACCCAGUUUUCGCUUGCUUACACAUGACUGUGCUUGUACUUAUGCUUAUAUGCGCUAGUGAAAACCAGGUUAAGGACAGGCGUGAUACGAACGUGCGUUUUAGUCCCACUCAGACCUCGUGCUAAAACAGUAUUACGUUAAUCAUAACUAUAAAAAAAAUCUCAAAUCUGAUUGGCUAUCAACCGUCCUGGUUUCAGCACUAAUAAAUAGGACACGUGUAACAAGACAGUAACCGUCAUGCCUAAGUAAUUGGACAGUACGGGCCAUCACGCGUGCGCGAUUAAAUGGCUUUUUUUUCACUCUCGGAAUUUCUUGUGCUUUAGUUUUAAAAAAGGCUAAAAUAUAUUUUUAUGGUUAUGAUUAAUUGGUAACAGUACUUCUUGUCGUACAAUUCGAUCUGUAAUACUCGUGCUUCUAGUCGAAUUGGAAUCCACUCAGUCCCAGUACUAUUAUUUACUAAGGCUUGAACGUUGAUAUUAUGAGUUGAUUUACCAAUACAAAAGUUAGACUAUAAGUUUCUUUUGACUUCGCAGUCGAUCAACUGAUACCUAAAGAAAUAAAUUUGCACGAGAAGGACAAUCGUCGCAGUCAUCACACUGAUAAGUAUGAGCAUUUUAACUUGAUUGUGAGGAGGGGACAGAGCUUUGACGUCACAGUAACGUUUAACAGAGCUUAUGACGCUAGGAGAGACGUCAUCACCCUACAGUUUGCUGUUGGUAAGUAGCGUUUUUCCCAGGUUCUACAGACUUGAAGUCAGGGGAGGCUAGGAAACCCUCAAGAUAAGGUUGAAUGAUAUGUAAUUGCCGUGUUGCUAACACACUGUAACAACUAUCGCAGGUGAAUGGGUUAAACACUUUCUCCCACAGUUGUGGGAAAAUGGCUGGAUAGAUAACACUGGCCACAAUGGAACUGUUCAAAGCUUAUUCACACCUUACUGAGGAGACGAGACCAGACAGUUUUCUGUCAGUUCUAGUCAGUACUUGUAAUCUUUAUUCUGUACACAAGGACAUGUGAAAACCGUGGUCUUUAGGAGAGCUAAUAGCAUUAGUAGAAAAGAUCCGUGGUUAGACCCUAUAUUGCGCUAACUCAUCAAAUAUCGUGCUCCGGGCUUGCUGAUUCCUUACUUAGCAAGGAAGCGCGCGCCAUUAGUCCUACAGUCUGUUUAAGACUAUUUUGGUCCCAUUUGAGCCAUUUUAGCAAAAUUCGUUGUAAUGGCGUCAAGCUGCUUUGGCGGUACUGUGUAGUGGAACCCCUUUACGCCUUUUUUAUUUUCUUAUUUGUCAGGGUACCGCCCUCAACAAAGCAAAGGAUCGGUCAUUCGGGUGCCUAUAAGUCUCACAAAAGAAAGGGUUUACAAAGCAUGGUCAGCGAACCUCGUUCAAGUCAAUAAAGAAAGUGUGCGCCUUCAAGUGACUUCACCAGUGGAUGCAGUUGUUGGAAAAUAUCAGCUCUAUGUCGAAACGAAGACCACAAUUCGUGGUUCAGACAAGCCGGAGGAGUAUCGUUACCAGCAUCCUGAAGAUAUCAUUGUGUUGUUUAAUCCAUGGUGCAGAGGUCAGUAAAUUGACAAUUUUGCUUAUAUUUACUAGUAAUGUCAUAUUCGUUGGUCUUACAAUGAUUAUGCACGACCAACAUACAUGAAUAUGCAGGUUUUAGCAAACAGACUCAAACCGAUCGCGGCUUUUGAUUGGUUUAAUGACCGCACAGCAUUCUUAGCCGAAGAAAAAUAUUGCAUUAAAGUAUUUUUUUCUAACUUAGGACAACAGAAAUGGGGUUACUGGUGUGACAAUUACCUUCGCUCAAUUUAGGCAUGUCUUUGGGUGCAAAACAAUACAAUACAAUAUUUUUUAUUUCACGAAGGUGACGUAAUAACCCAAUGAGUUAUCUAACUUACGGCCUUCACAACAAUUCAAAAUACACAUAUAAAAACAAUGCCUAAUCAGUAAUAUACGACUACAACAAGCGAAGACAUAGAACUAGACAAAUGUAUGGUUUAACAAGAUAUAAGAUGAUGUAAACUAAUUACCUUCUAAUACAGUUACAAUAAAGGGAUAAACGACAAUCAUAACACAUUAAUUCUUCAAGACGAGAAACGUUACUAGCAAACUUAAGGAAUAAGAUAAAGAGUUUAUGCUUAAAAUUAUUUAAUCUAAAUGAAUAUAUAAUACAAGAAGGAGAUACACACGCUAUUUGCUUAAGACCACUGUCAAGGCAAUUAAAAAGAGUAAGCAAAGUGCGCUUUCCAGAAUUAGACCAAGGCUAUGGAACUUGAAGAUUAAAAGUACAAGCUCUGGUGUGCAGACCAGUUGAACGAACGGAAGACAAGAAAUUGAAUUUACGUUGAAGACAAAGAGGAACAACGAGUCCCCGUUUUGAUUUGACUUAUUUGGUUUAUUUUCCAUUUGUCUUCUUCGCGUAUAUUCAUUCUGUACUCUUUCACAGUUUUCGUUGCCUGUUAGUUUUUCCUGUCAAAGUUUAAUGAAAUUGUUUUAUUUGCUUUGAAUACGUUGGCCAGAGGAUUCUGUAUAUCUGGACCAGGAGGCCUUGCGCGAAGAGUACGUACUGAAUGACAGCGGGCUCAUUUGGAUUGGAACAGCCAGGAAACACUGUGGAAUGCCUUGGAACUUUGGUCAGGUUCGUGUCGGUUAGGAUAAGCAAUGACAACGGCGACGGCUAUGAACACGUCACUUAAAAAGUGAAUUCGCGCUGUCUCAAACUUUAUCGCGCUUGUUCCAUCUCGUUUUAUUCGUCGAAUGUUGGCAAAUUUCCUUGGAGUUGAAUUCUAAAGGACUCUAUCAAAAUUCAAGAAAAGACAAAGAAAGUUGUGGCCUUGUGUUCACGUCCUGGAAAAAACGUGAAAUUAUUCUGCACUUUCACGUCGUAGUCGUGCAACGACGGCUAAGAAAUGUACAAAAAAGCGUGAUACACGUGCAAAGUUGUUGUUUCGCCAAUCCAAACCUGUUGUUUUUUUUUUGCCGUUCUCGUUGCCCUCGCCGUCGUCGUUGUUAAGCCCAAUAUUGUCGAUAUGGAGGGGCUACCAAAUUGAUUAUUACUCCAUUGACAACAGAAUAGUACUUGACUCUUUAUCCCUCCAGGGACACUCUAGCUUUUGUCGAUGACCACCAACUUAUCAGUUGCUUUGUUGACAAAUCCUUGGUCAAUGAGAUUUUUAGGUGGAAGAGCGACUCAUUAUGGACGAGCGAACGGUUUCGCGCAACAAUUCGAAGAGUGUUCAAAGAAAAAAAAAUAAUAAAAAUAAAAUAAACGGUAAAUGACACCCAAUAGGGUGUACUGUUGGUAACGUUUAUUUAAUUAGAAAAACAAAAAUGAAAUUUUUCAUUUAUUGAAGCGCUGCCGGCUCGUUUAUUUUCUCAGAGAUCAAAACAGCUAGCAAUGCCCAUUUUACAACUUCAUUGAUAGUUCAAAACGUAAACAUUAAAAGUCCGCAAAUGAGUACAACUUCCUUUCGCUUGAGUACUUAUCACAAUAACUAACAGUUUUCAAGGAGAAAUACAGCAAAUAUUAUCCAGAAAAGGUAUGAGAUGAGAACACUUCAAUUAAUUUUACUUGAACUACGUGAAUUCAGUGCACAUUUGCCGUGCAGUUGGUAUUGCUAAUGAUUCAGCUCAAAUGCUCAUUAGGUAGAAUUCAAAUUAGAUUUUAAUAAAAGACACCGCUUAGUUUGAUGUAAAACAUUCGAGCCUUAAAAACCCUGCACUUCUAUUUGAGUCGUCGCUGUACUGAGAUUUCAUAAUCCUUAGAGACUUCUGGGCAGAUCUUAAUAUGGUCGAAAUCCUUAAUUUCAGGCCUGAAAAGAUCACAAGAAAAGUGUAAAACCGCUGGAAACUUAACAUUUAAAUUCUCUGCUGCAAUUUCCAAUGGGCUCCGUAACACUCAUUAAACGGUCAGGUCAGAAGAAAUAAAAGGAAGCAAGUUUAAUUUUCCACCUUUUUGGUUUGUCCUUUUCAGUUCGAAGAUGUGUCUCUUAACUCUUGUUUGUGGCUGAUGGACAAAGCCCAGCUUGCGACGGCUGCGCGCGCAAAUCCUCUCAGGGUUUCACGUAGUAUCUCUGCCAUGGUAAGACUACUAUAUGAAUAUAAAUUAUUGGUUUCACGACAAACCUUGAGGAAGACAUGCUUGGCCCUAUAUUGGCCCAAUAUUUUGAAGUGUUAUGAACCGUGACUAAGUGCGGGUUUAUUAAAAAAAAGUAAGAAAUAAUGAGGCGAAUUGACAAUUACCUUGGUUGAUCAAGCUUGGUAAACAUUUAUUGAAUGUUAAGAAGAAUUUUUUCCAUUGAAUUAGAACAAAGGGGCAAACUCGAGCGAGCAAGAAAGGCCCAUCUUGCCCUCUUGGGUAACCGAUGAGAACACAGAAUGUGUUUCCAUCAUCUUCACCACUCAUGAAGCUAUCCAGGAGAAAAUAGUUAAAACGAUAUGAUAUAAUACAGAGUUUUAGAAUCAAGUUUACAGUAAACGGCAAACAUUAGAACCAAGUUGAGAAAAUCUCCACUAAAUAAAGAAUGUCAAAGUAAUCCUUAUGGAUGAAACUGAAAGAAACUAUUUGUUAAGUGUGGACAUAAUAAGCAUUUUUAAAUGAAGAUAUUAUCGUCGCAGUGGUAAUUGCAACUUAAGCAAUUGCAAAUUAACCCGAAAGAAGCACUUUUUUUUUUCAUGUGGCUGAAAUUGAAAAUAUUUGGACGUAACGUUUGACAUUGACUUUAAUUAAACUAUCAAACUUGACUAAAAUCCAAUACAACUGAACUAAAUAUGUAUUGUGUGAAUUUUAGUCUCUUUAUAUACUGGUAGUUUACUUAACUAUUUGUGUGUGUUUCUCUGUUUUCUUUGUUCUUGUGUCCCUGACCUAAACAUUUAAACAUCUUUUCUUUUAACUGGCUGCCUGGCAUUUUUAACUCUUAGGUUAUUUCGGGCAGCCAGCGCCCCUAUCAUCGUCUGUACUAUUGUUAUAAAUUUUUAUUUCUUGUAUAUUAUGGGGUGAAAUAAAGUGUUGUUGUUGUUGUUGUUGUUGUUGUUGUAAAUAACAAUACUUAACUAACCAGAUCUUUGCUCUUGUUUCUCGAAUUAUUUCUUAUGAGGAAAAUUCGUAAAUUUCGUUAUCAAGUGGACUGUAGUUAAGGAAAAAAAAUAAAGUUGUGUUUGAGUAGUACUUGGCUGAUAUAUAUAUUCUCUGUGAAAUUAAAUAAGUCCUUUUCUUCCCGUUAUGGUAGGCAAACUUUAAUGACCAAGACGGUGGCGUUCUUCACGGUCGCUGGGAUGGUAACUAUCCCAGAGACACGACGGCUCCAACAUCCUGGUCAGGGAGUGUGGCCAUCUUGGAACAGUUUUGGAAGAAGAAGUGUGAUAUUAAGUAUGGACAGUGCUGGGUUUUUUCAGGACUUGUUACAACAUGUAUGUAUAAAAAUACAGUUAAUUCUAUUAUGACCCCACUGAUGCAGUCAAACUUGAAACGAAGAAGGAGCGACAAAGGUCCAUGUAAUGUGACUCUUGACCAUAAUGGCUUUACGGAUCUAAAUUAAAACGAGGCAAAACUACGUUCAACCCUAGAAGAGCGGUAGUCCGUUCCAGGCUCUCAGGUAGUGUGGAAGACGCGAAAGUGAAAGGCACACGAAAAGAUGGCGGGGCGGGAAAAAGGAUUAGGACCCCGUUUCCUUCCGUUAUAUUUCCGUGUUUCGCGCUUUCUCAAUCCUUUAGAUUCAAGGACGAGAACUACUACGAGUACGAGAUUUGAUUGAAAGUGUUUUCGCGUAUUGUCAAAAAAUAGCUAGACCCCCCGGAACUCUUCAUUGCGCUUUUUUUCACCAGAAAAGUAAGCACUGUUAUCGUUAUUGAAGGAGGUUAAGACCUCUCUCCCGAUUACAAAACGCUAAAACUUCUAACAUUUGAUAACUCGUUUCCGCCACUUCGACAUUCUCGCUAAAACUCGUAGUAGAACGACGACGGCUACCACGUUUUCCCGCCAAAAUGACGCUGCAUCACGCGCGAGCACUACUUAGUAUUGAGAAAAUCUCGUACUCGUAGUGUCGUACUCGUCGUAGAAUCUAAAGGUCUCUAAUUCACCGGACCCGACCAUCUCGGAGCCUGGAACAGGCUAGAAUCGAAGAGCAGACAAUAUUAUACCCAGGCAACAAAAACAAAGUUAAAACAGUUAAUUACACAAUUAAGAAAGCGUUAUCGAACUAAUUGAAAUAAAUCUGUGCUCGUUUAUUUGUACAUUUUUUGUCUUAUUCUGACGAAUCAUAGUUUACCCCUAUUCAGCGUUUUCAACAAUUAAUUCCUUUUUACAAUGCUAUAGUACUCCGCUGAAACUGUUACCCUAGUGGAGGAAAAGCUCUCCAUUCUCUUCAACUGUAAAAUGCAACGACAGUAAGUAUGCUACAGUAAUAACUGAGUGUGUUCCACCAUUGCUGUUCGUGGACCUAAAAGAUGCAGGUUUACGUAGGUAAUAGCAGUCAUUCACAAAUUUUUCUCCGACAAACCAAUGUUUCUUUUUCAGUAUUAAGAGCCCUCGGAAUACCAACUCGCUCAGUGACAAACUUUGCCUCGGCUCAUGACUCGGAUGCCAGCAUGACAAUAGACUUCCAUUUUGAUGAGGAUGGGAAGCCGCUGAAGGAAUUGGACGACUCUAUUUGGUAAUAAGCUAGAUUAAUAUGCACUGACCUCUCAAAAGCCUGCGUCAUACAAAACUGUAAAAUGUAAACAAUGUCGAAUUUCUCUCAAACCUGGCUGUCGAAAAGAGCGCCGCGCUGUGAAGCAAGGUACGAGCUAGUCAAGAGAAAAACAAUCGAGAUUUAGUGUCUUUCCCCAUUCUCUCACUCGUCUUUACCCUCAGUCAGUUUCGGUAGAUAUGAGGCUGGUCAGUGUGUAACGGAAGAGUGGUAUGCGAAUUCUGAUUCCUGGCCUGAUUUUAGGAACUUUCACGUGUGGAACGAGUCAUGGUUCAAGCGCCCUGAUUUACCAGACGGGCAUGAUGGGUGGCAAGCGCAUGAUGCCACGCCCCAAGAAACUAGUUACGGUAAGAAGAGAGAACGAUAUAUUAAUAUUUUAUAGUUUUGUUUCCUAUUAUUGAAAGAAAAACAGUGGCAAAUGUAGCAAGAAUUUCAGUUAUACUUGAAGGUCAUCUAGAAAUAAGAAAAAGUCUUUUUCGUGUUUUUCAGUUUUAGGGACUCAAAUCCAUGCCUUAGAACUGUGAAAAACACAAUACAACGCUGUUGUUACAUGUCACCAGUCCUAUGGCUUUAUUCUCUUACCCCUAAGUACUGAAGUCACAUUAGAAGUCAACUCAUGCCCGAUUAUAUAUUGCAGUGAAUAAACAGAUUUAGUAAGGCCUUCAUACUUGCCAUGUAAAUUGUCAAGUUAUUCAAGAAGCCAGUUUUGCUCUGUGUGAAAGAGCUAUACAUUUUCUAAAAAAACAAAAUUAAUAUUUCAGAAAAGAAGUACUUAUCUCUAUAAGCUCACCUGAGGUCAGGCCCAUUCUUUUAGCAUUCUCUCUUUCGCGGUUGCGCUAAAACCAAAAAAGAGCCUGAUCUCAGAUUAUUCAAAAGCUCAAAAUGAUUUACACGGUUUCAGGAGUGUUUCGAUGUGGUCCAGCCUCGGUGAAAGCCGUGAAACAAGGAGAGGUAUAUUUACCGUAUGAUACCAGCUUCGUGUUCGCUGAGGUGAAUGGUGAUCGAGUAUUUUGGGAAGUGGAAGAAGGCGGCCCCAUGAAACCUAUUCGUGUAGAUAAGAAAUGCAUUGGGAAGCUGAUCAGCACUAAAGCGGUUGGGAGCGACGACAGAGAAGACAUAACUCACGAGUACAAAGAUCCUGAAGGUAUAUUAGCUUUAAGCAUUCGAGACCUUGUUUAUUGUAACUGUCUGUUCCUACUGUCGCCGCCCAGGGCCAAUGGAAGCUCGAUCCCCCAUUAAUUAUCUCGUCUUCCGUGAAAGUAGCCUGUGUGAGGAGUUCAGAUCAUAGCUAGCCGCGGCGGAAAAUGAGAUACGAAGGGUGAAGAAAUGUCUCUUUGCCCCGUCUUCACUACCUGAACGCCUAGAAUUGAACAGUCUACCCUUGAAAUCGACAGAUAAGUUUGCCAAAAUAAUCUUGUGUUAACUAACGCUCUAGUACAACUUACAAUGCCAUAAACGUAUUUAAUUUCGCCUCAGUUUUCUUCCACGAAUGGCUAUAAAACUCGUGGUAAUUUCAAGAAAUCUUGUAAGGUAUCACGGCCGUAACUUUCAACAUUGCAGGUCACUUGGAAAUGCUGAAUCCUUUGAUCAUUAAAAAAGCUGGAGAAAUUGCCUAAAUUGAUAAAAAAUAAGUUAAACAUGUGCGUUAACAAAUGCUUUAAGAAAACGUUUCAUAUAAUUCAGCGGCCGACUUUAGAUUUUUUUAGAAGCGUAUAUUGGCGCCAGGUAAAAACGUGUUCGCUCUAACUAACGCUAUCGAGAACAGAAAGAAGAAAAUCAACAUUACUGGACAUUACAUACUGCAGGCCUCAGAUUCAUAUGCAAUAAUUAACAAUUAUUUCUCGAGCCUGAACGGGCGCUGAGUCAAUAGCCCAUGAAGCCAAAGGCCGAAUGGGCUUUUGACUCAGAGGCCAUGAGGGCGAGAGGAACAAUUGUUUUAGUAAAAUCCAACUGGUUGGUCAAAAAUAUCGAGACAAAACAACUUUAGCUAGUAAAAUGAGAUUCAGCCGUUGUUUUGGUUUUCAAAGCCGGCGCUUUUCGCUACUAGUGGGCUAUAACAUAUAGCUUAGUAGUAGCUCAACCAAUCAGAACGCAGCAUUGAUAAUAUACAUCUAGUUGAAUUUUACUAAUUAUGUUUUUUCUUUACCCUUAGGUUCCAUAGCAGAGCGACGUGCGGUGGAGCUGGCAUACAAAUUCAGCAGCCGUAAAGACCAAGCAAUUUAUGGACUACCAGCUGAAGACGUUAAGUUUACAUUUGAUCUUCCGGAGGAUGUACCCAUAGGAAAGGAUGUAAGUGUGGUACUGAAGAUGAAGAACACCACUUACCAGAGCCGUACAGUUAAGGGUAAAAUGACAGCAGUGAUUGGAUUUUACACUGGUAUACCCUGCAAAGAUUUGAAGGAGGAAGAAUUUGACAUGAUUUUGGAACCAAGGAAGGGUGGGUAGAAUUCCAGAGUUUUUAACAUUUUUGUCUGUUGCUCUUUUAGGAUCAUGCUUUUGUAUAUCUUUCUCUAUCCGUUUUAGUGAUUCCUGAUUUCUUCAUUCCCUUUUGUGAAAAGUUGGACCGCAGCUGGACCGCAGGUCCGCGCCCGCGUUCUCUCUUCUUCUCGUCUCCUCGUCUUUCUCGCUCCAGGUGACGAGGUUGACAGUGGUUAUUUACCAUUUAUAAAAACUGAGGUUGCGUUGCGAAAAAACCGGUUGUAAAGUAAAUAGAACCGACGACUUUCUGGAUCGUUUCGGCGGAAAAUUUCCGGGACCAACGGAACAUCUGAAAUAUUCCAAACGGGAAUUUUUUUCCAUUUCUUUAAAGCCAUCUUUGAUACUAGUUUCAGGCCUUCGCGGUAAGUCGUUUUUUCGGUAAAUGGAACCGAUUUGUACAAAUGGCCAACGCGAUUCGGGGAAGAAAUUAACCAGUCCUGAAUUUUUGUACCAUUUACGCAAACCGUGUACAGACUUGUUUGGCCAUGUAAAUGGUAAACAACUUGUCUCUUGCUUCUCUAGACAACAGAACUUCUUAAACUACAAGUGUAAACGGACGUAACGUUUUGGCCAAGAACUGCCAACAUUGUUGGAUGUUACUAACAUGGCAUGUUUUGUCUGUCUGUACACCCUAUUGCAUGUUGUUGCGUGUUGUUGGGAGUUGUUGCAUCCGUUUGCACACCACUGCAACACGGACGCAAAAACACGCAACAUUGUAGGUGAAACAAUGUUGGGUUGUUGCGUCUGUUUGCACGUAGCUUAAGGCUUAUUAGUUAAUAUUAUCGUGAGUUAGUUAAUAUUAUUGUGAUGACUUACCAGUAAUUUUUUUGUGAGAGCCAAGUCAGCAUAAUCUAUUUUUUUCCAUCAUUUUUUUUGUAUAGAAAAAACCUUUAUACUUGAGAUCCCGUCGGCCUUAUAUCUUGACAAGUGCGAAGCGGACGGGGGCCUGAAGAUUUAUGUCAAGGCGACAGUCAAGGAAAAUGGUCAGCGGUUUGCUUCAUAUGACAUAAUUGAGUUCCAGAAACCGGAUAUGGAGAUAGAGGUAAAUUGCUGAAUUGACAGUUUAAAUUCAAAGGCAUUUUUUGGAAAUAGUUUUUAAGUUGAAAAUUGUAUAAAAAAUUGUAUAAGCCUUCGAACUUCAUUUUCCAAUUGCAAUCUGCUCCAAGCUUACCUAGGGUAACUUAUGCCGAAAUUAGACGUACAUAAUUUAUCGAGUGUUCAGCAUAACAAACGUUUGUUCAUGUAUUUCAUUUGUUCAUUGUUCCAUUAGAUGAAAAUCAGCGCAAAGAAAGCUCUUUCUUUGUUUACGUUCCGAUCUUUCCUUUUUUCAUAAUUCGUUUUCAACCCCAAGCUAAAAGAAUUGGUUAAUUGGAAAAGUUAUCCCUAAUGACGGAAAAAUGCCAAAACAUGCUUUCGAAAUGUUACCCAGGUUUUAAGUAAUAUGAUAUAUUUUUUUCAUUCAAUUACUUAGGUCACUCGUGGUAAACCCAGAAUCGGCAACGACCUCGAAGUCAAGUUGUCGUUUGAAAAUCCUUUGCCACUAAACAUUACAGGAGGAAAGUGGUACAUUGAGACUUCGGGCGCUAAUCCAAAGAGCAAAAUUAUCCCCAACUCGUAAGUAUUUUUACUUUUUUAUCAAUUCUUUAUUUCUUUUUUGUCUGCAGUUUUCAACUAGACUAGCCUCAAAGUAUAGAUUUAGCCAGGGCUAAAAGCGUAGCCUGCGAAAACAGCCAUUUCUCCUCGCUCUUCGCCGCUGGGGACGUCCCCAGCGGCGAAAGCAAGGAGAAACGGAUGUUUUCGCAGGCUACUAAAAGCGAAGCCCUCGUUAAUAUCUAUAGUUUGCUGAAACAAAAUAUAAAAUCGUGUGAUGCUAAGCGGCGACGGUAACGAAAACAGCCAAAAAACAGUAGGUCUAAUUAGCAAAAAAAAACAACAACAACUUUGCACCUGGAGCACACUUUUUUGUGCAUUUCUUUGCGGUUGUUUUGCACGACGGCAACGUGAGACUUCCAGAAACUUCCGAGUUACACGUUUUAUUGAGGAAAUUUUAUAUGUGGUCCUGUUCACGUUUUUCGCUGCCGCUCAUUUUUAACUUGGUGGCCGCUAGUAUUUCUCAUUUUCUCAUGCACCGCCGCUAUAAAAUUUUCAUGUUAUUCUUCAAACGAAAUUGGUCUCCUUUGUUUUUUUAUCUCUGGCUCUAGCUCUUUCUUUGUUAUACACGCCAAUAAAGACAUUAAAAUUAAUUCGAAAGAAAGAAUCGGCUUUGUUGUUGUUGUUUUUUAUCUCAAAAAGUCCGGGUGUCUAUAUGAUGUACCGCCGAACGCGCGGGUACUUGAAAUGCAAAAUUUCACCUCCGCUUACCUGAACGGGUGGACGUACGUAGGGACGAUUUGGUCAGAACCAAAAUUUCUUGGAUGCAUAGAUUACCAAAUUUUCUUACCCAUGGUGGUUCGCUAUUAAAUUAUCUCUUCACUGAUUUUUAGUAUAGGCUUCACAUUCUAGCUUGUGAACAGGUCUAGCUUUACGUAGAUCUGGCACCCUAUUAGAACACGAUUUUUUGUGGCUCUCGUCCACAACGCUUUGGUGCAACCGACGGUACCUGGGCACCCCCUUCGGGCAGAACCUCCUCCUAUGUAUAGGCCGUUUUAGGAAGUAUCCUUUUGUUUUAAUUUAUGACUCUGUAAUCAGUUCGUGUAGCGAACACCAUUUUAAAAAGAUAUAUUUACAUUUGUGUUUCUAUCGUUCACUUUAGUGCAACUGUUUCUGAAGGAAGGGAGGUGCAAACAUCCUUCAAGAUAACACCUUACCGAGCAGGGCUGUGUCAAGUGUGCGCCACAUUUAGAUCAGAUGUUAUCAGCGGUGUCCGUGGUUAUGGCAGCCUAAAAAUUUCAGAGUAA